AUGGCCUUGCUCCCAAAGUACGUGGGUUUGAGAUCUUUGGCAGAUGACUUAUAUUUGAGGUUCGUAAAAGAAGAUGUUCAAAUUCAUGGAUAUGUGAAGUAUGACUCACAUGAUGUGGUAACACCUUACACAAAGUAUGAAGUGGAGCCUGCAAAAGUUGGGAAAAGGUAUGUGAAUAUAAGGUGUUGUUACAGCAACAAAUAUUGGGUUCGCCCUUCCAUGAAUUCUCGGUACGUGGUUGCAGCAGCUGAUGAGCCAAAUGAAGAUGAAUCCAAUUGGUCAUGUACGUUGUUUGAACCCAUCCAUGAUUCUGGCAAUCAAGCAUACCGAAUUAAGCAUGUCCAACUUGGGUUCAACACAUGUAGUUCGAGGGAUGGUUCAAUUCAUAAUGAAUGCUUAUUCAUCAUGACAUCUUCAGCUCCACCCCGUAACUUUGGUGACCUUCAUAUUGUUAUGGAUUGGGAAUCAUUCUUUAUUUUUCCCAAACACGUUGCAUUCAAAGGUGGUAAUCGAGGCAAGUUCCUUAAAGCAAUAUGGCUUCAAAGACACGAGUAUCAAGAAUUUUCUGCGAAUGACAUGGCAGACCCAGCAGUAGGAAAUGAGGUUUCAUUCACAAGGCAUGGGGAUGUUCGUAUUAAGUCGAACCACUUUGGUAAAUUUUGGAGACUCAGUCCUAAUUGGAUUUGGGCAGAUUCCACUGACCCCACUGCAAAUAACAAACAUACCUUAUUUAAGCCUGUGAAAGUCGCUAACAAUAUAGUGGCACUUCGCAACUUAGGUAACAAUCAUUUUUGCAUAGGGCUCACAACGGAAGGCAAGACAGAUUGCCUUAAUGCUUGGGUUUCCACCAUAACUAAUGAGGCACGCAUGGAGAUACAUGAGCUUGUUCUUUCAAGAAGCAUCUAUAACGUAGAUUUUCAUCUUUUCGAUGCACGAAUAUAUGGCGAAAAUAUCAUCGCCAUGGCCAACGGCAAUGCUGUUAAUAAUACCAAUGAACCGAACACAAUAACUAUUAGGUUCUCCUAUACCAAUAGGGUGACUAAUACAUGGUCUUCCACUCUUUCAGCCAAGCUUGGCGUGAAGGCAACCUUCAGAGCUGGUAUUCCAGUGAUUGCACAGGGCCGAGUCACCAUUUCUGCAGAGUUUUCAGGAGAAUACACUUGGGGAGAAACUCGAGAGACAACAGAUGAGAUAGAGACUACACACACCGUAGUUGUGCCACCAAUGACUAAGAUGACUGUCAGUCUAUUAGCAACACAAGGUUACUGUGAUGUCCCCUUCUCGUAUUAUCAACGUGACGUUCUUAUGAAUGGGGAAACAGUGAUUGAAUUAUAUGAAGAUGGUCUGUACACUGGGGCCAAUUGCUACAACUUCAAGUAUGAGGCCAAAGAUGAACCACUUUAA